AUGACCGAGAAAAACAGUAUGGAAAAAGUCCAGAGAAGGAAGCUUCACAUUGGAGGAUUAUCUAAAGAAUUGACGGAAAACAUCACCGAGCUUGAACAGAGAUUUAGCAAGAUCGGGCAGAUUGUGGAGCCAAUCGAAAUACAUGAAAAGCCAGUUUUGGAAUAUAACUUUGCAUAUGUAACAAUGGAACUUAAUGAUUCUCAGUUCAAAGAGUUGAAGAAGCUUUGGAAUGACGUGAGAUAUAAGGGCUCCAAGUUAACAAUUGGUAUUGCCAAAGAAAACUAUUUGCAACGUUGGGAGAAGGAUUCCAGACGCCAGGACCCUAAGAUUCUCAGUCGAGAAAGAAGAAGUAAGGUCCCAGAGAGUAGAUUAGCCAGAAUUGCACAAAGAGAUGAAAACCCAUUCAAAUUAGCACUAGUCACAAAGGGUAGAUUCAGAGCAACUCCAAGAACCACCGAUUUAAAAAACCUAACGCUCAGGAUAUCCAUCAAUGGAAGACUCAAGGUGAUAAAAUGUAAGAAGACCAAACUUUGGGGAAUGGAUAAAAAUAAGGCAAUUCGUGAUUUGACGUCGAGAUUUGUGGCUGGCGAAUGGAGAGAUGGCAACGAUCAUGUUAUUGACAGAUUGGCCCGCAAAAUAGUUAUCUUCGAUGAUGGUAAAAUUUUAGUCAAAGAUACUACAGUGCCGACCGCUGACGACAUCAAAGAAGAACUGGAAGAGGAGCAACAUAAAACGAACAAAAUUCUUGAAGACAUGCUCAACAAGUACAAUUUUGAAAAGCCUGUGGAACUCGAAGAUGAUAAUAAGAAUGACAACAACUCAGAUUUUGACUACGAGUUGGAAAAUAGAGUUGCCGAGAACAACUUUAAUGAUGAUGAGCAUGAGAACAGCAAUAGCGAAGAGCUAACUUUAACUUACAAUGUUCCCGAGAAAAAAUGUUUAAAGCCUUCUCCAGAGUCAGUGAUCCAGGAUUACAAGUCAUACGGAAGUCAGAUCAGCAAAGAAGAACAAGUAGAAGAAGAUGACGACGAAGAAUUUUUUAACAAUCUCAAGCCAAUAUCUGACUAUGCGGAACAACUAGAAGGAGAUGGUGAGGAUCCGGUUGACGAACACAAGAAACACCCAUCUGAGUCAAUAACUAAGACGCAGUCUAUGCCAAGCACAGCACAGAUAAAGGAAAGUAACGACGAUGAAGUUAAUGCCGAAAAUAUUGGCGAGAUUGACAAUGAAUUUAUUCCAACUUUUGGCUCAGCUAAAACAGAUGGUGAAAUUGAUGACGAGUUCAUUCCAACUUUUGGCUCAAGCAAAAGUGAUGACGCAACGAAGACUCCAGCCACAAACACCACAGAAAAAUUGAGAGCACUAUUGAGUGCCGGCUCAUCAACUUCAGCUACGGAAAAAACAGAAGAGGAUAGUAAUAUCGAUGACUCCAGGGUUGAAGUUGUGCUUCCAAACUUAAAGAAAACGAAAAAUGUUGGGCUUUUCUUUUCACAUUUUGAUUCCCCUUUCUUGGUUGCCCAAUCUCAAAUCAAUAAAUUAAGAGAACUGAAGGUUAACGAAGAGCUGAAAUACGAUGAGUGGUUUUGGAGCAAUAGAGGUGAAUUAAAUAGGGAGUUCAGAAGACUUCGGAGAGAUGUUCUACGUCGUAACAAAAAGAAAUUUAAAAGCUCAAUUUUUAUUUGA